CAUACUGUCACCUUUGAAGUAUGUACAACAUGUCUCUAUCCUGUAGUUGUACAUUUUAUCUCGUUUUUCUUUUAAAAAACGAGCAGAAAUUGUUUAUUGUAUCUCUACACGGACGUCACGAGUCAAAGGUCGUCCAAUCAGAUGAGCGGAAGUUUAUACGUUGCGGUAAUCCGGUGUGCGGCCGACUGAACCUGAAGUCAGUGGUACAUUUUACCCCUGUAGCCUCUGAAAAACUGCACUAUUUAAACACAUAUUCUGCUUUGCAACAAAGUAGGACGUGUGAGGAGGAUAUCAUGGUGGACUGACAUCUUGUGAGCACCAGAGGCGGUGUGCACAAUGCGCCUUUGAGAGCUAGUUUUGUUAUGGAUGUUGUUGCACCGGUGCUGCUGGAUGAACACCGAGCUGACUCUGCUUCACAGGCCGCCUAACUAAACCCUCACAACCGGGUUUAGUUACAGCCAGCCUACCCCCCCCCCAAAACUGCCUCACACAUUCCUGCUGAGAGAGACCCAAUCCGGCUUCACGGUGGAAACCAGAAGACGAGCAAAGAUGAACGCUGUGCGGGGGGGCACAGCGACCUGGCGCCCCCAGCCGUGGCAGGACGGGGACGGGGGCGGAGGAGAGCCUCUGUCGGACAGCGACUCGGAGGAGGAGGACUUCCCCGACGACAGCACCACGCCGCUGGGAGACUACAUCACACACGGAUUGAAGCAGCUCCUGGAUGCUCAGCAGCUGUGUGAUGUUACUCUUCUUGUGGAGGGAAAGAAGUUCAUGUGCCACAGAGUCCUGUUGGCAGCGGUGAGUCCGUAUUUCCGGGCGAUGUUCACCAGCCCUCUGGUGGAGUCCCGCCUCACUGAGAUCCGACUGGAGGAGGUCACGCCGUCCGUCAUGGAGACGGUGAUCCAGUUUGUUUACACCGGUGAGGCGGGGCUCUCUCUGGACACGGCGGAGGAUCUGUUUGUGGCCGCCAACCGGCUGCAGGUCAUGCCCCUUCAGGACCUCUGCUCCAGGUUCCUGUUUGAGCACCUCUCGGUGGAUAACUGUCUGGGGAUGUACUCUCUGGCUCGCUCUCACCACGACCAGCUGCUGCUCCGCGCCACGCUGCGUCUCGUGGCUCAGCACUUCCCCCGAGUCGCCCGUCAGAAGGACUUCCUGCUGCUGGACCACGGCACGCUGGGCAGCCUGCUGAGCUCCGACCGGCUGGGCGUGGACUCGGAGGCGGAGGUUUACGACGCGGCGCGGCGCUGGGCGGAGCACCAGCCUUUAGAUCGCUACGCCCACAUGCCGGCGCUGCUGCACCACCUCCGUCCGGGGCUGCUGUCCCAGGAGGAGAGCCGGAGACUCUGCCAGGAGCUCGGCCCCGCUGCCGCCGGCGAGGCCCUCGGGGGGCCGCUGAGGCCGCGGGAGGGCAUGUUCGAGAAGAAGAUCGUCUGCGUGGACCUGACGCCUCGGGAGGACGAGAGCGCCGCCUCCAGAGACCUCACCGUGGACUGCUUCGACCCGCGGACAGGGAAGUGGGAGAAGCUGGCGGCCCUCGGGUCCCUGGUGAGCCCCGGCUGCACCGCUGUGGGGGACCGGCUGUUCGUGGCGGGGGGGAUCCUGAGGACGGGCUCCGUGUCUGCAGCCGUGCACGAGUACGACGCCGUGCUGGACCGCUGGAUUGAGCGGCCCCCCAUGGUGCAGCCGCGGGCCAUGCUGGGCCUGCUGGGCUGCGGGGACUCCAUCUUUGCAUUGGGGGGCAGUAACCGCUCCGCCCUACUGGACUCCAGUGAGACCCUGGACCUCUCGACGCUGCGCUGGUCCCCGGGGCCUCGCCUGCCGCUGCCUCUCAGAGCCUUCGCCUGCGCUGCUCUACGCGGACGUCUCUACCUGCUGGGUGGAACCACGCUGGAACAGAACCGGGCCGUGGUGCAUUCAGGGGUCCUCGUCUAUCACACCCUCACAGACUGCUGGACUCGCGUGGCUCUGGACUCGGGGGCCACCUGCCUCGCCGGGGGGGUCGCGGUCCGAGGGGGCGUCUGCGCCAUCGGGGGAUACAUGAGGGACACCACCAAGUUUCUGGACGGAAACUACACUAACCUGGAGACUUUAGACGCCACGGGGCGGGUUCUGUUCUUCAGGGAGGGCCGGGGGUCCGGGGCAGAUAGGGAGGUGACCGGGGGGGGGGUGAUGGUGAGCGCCGAGCAGCGAGGGGGGGCAGGAGGAGGGAGCGACCGUGCCCCGAGUCCGGUAGUUUUCCCCGGGUUGCCGCGGAGGAUAGCGGCGGGCGGCGUGGCCCGGUGGAAACGCAGGAUUUACGUCCUGGGGGGCGAGAACGGGUCGCGGUUCUACGACAGUGUUUACUGCUGGAAGCCCGGCUGGCGCAGUUGGGUCCAGAGACGAGAGAAACUCCCCGGAGACACAGGGGGGGUGAGCCAGUUCGGGUGUACCACCUUAAAGUUCCCCAAGAAACACAUCCUGUCCAGACUGAGACUAGCCAAAGAAAACUGCAAGAAGCCCGCCGACUAGCUCCACAGGGACCAACUGAAGACGAAGCAGCUGAUCAUGUGACACACAGACCAGGAAGUAGCUCCUCCUUAACCUCAUGAAAUGUUGAGGUUGAGUCACAAGGAAGAGGCCAUUUUAUACAGAGUGCAGCACACGGUAGUCUUUUAUUGACAAGAUACAGGCAGAUCUUGUGUUUUAAAUCAGAUGUCAGGCAAGUGGAGCUAGAACAGACAGUCAGGCAAUAUGCACCUGAAUGUAACCUUAUCCACAAAUAGUAAAGUCCUUUCAGAAAGGAAAGGGCCUUUUUUUUUUAAAUGUUAUUCUUAAAGUGCAAUGUUUUUUUCAGCAUUUUGCUUAACCGCACAACAUCUCAAUGCUGUGAAGUUUCAGCUGCGUUGAGUUUAGACACAAGGACACAUCGGCACAUUUCUGACCAUGCUAUGUUUCAUGCUAUGUUGUAUUGUUCUAUUGCUUUUUUGAAACUGCAUUAAGGGCUCUACAAAUGCCCUUUAUUUGAGUGGGAACCUAUCAAAGAUACUUUUCAUAAACCAUUUGCAUAUAGACAGUU